GCUCAAGGUGCGCACCUGUCGCGCCUUCCUUGACGGCAACAGUAUGGAAGGCAAGUACUACGGUGCUCUUGCCCUCUUUCCCCUCUUUCAGCGAGAACCUCCAAGGGUGUCUACUCAUACGGGCAUAAUCACAGGGUCGUGCUUUCCGAUAAGCAUCUCCCCUCUCCCCUCCAGAGACGCAAGUUCGGUCUUGAGCCAGUUUCCCCAGACCACUUCCGCUCCCGUCUCGUUCGUCUGAUGCUCAUUUCCAGAUGCCCAGCAACUUGAAGUCGGGUGGAUGCCCACCAAGAACACCCAUUCUAGAUCUUGGGUUCUUUGAGAACCAGCCCCAAGAUAAGUGCCACGCAACCUGGCCCAUUAUCUCUCUUUCGUUUUGACACAGUUACAAAGGUACGGUAGGCGCGAGGCGCUUAGACGGUUACGCGCCCACGGAACACGUCGUAGUCGAUAGUUGCCAACGUCUCUCUGUGUGAGAAAAAAGAAUACAACGCAGCAGGUGAGGUGGCUUAGUUGAGAAACACACUUUGAUCUUGCAAUGGCCCGUUGCGAAGGAGUCUAUGUCCAAACUUAGCGUCAAGCCAAGUCUCGAGGAGGUUGUUCCG